AUGUCUUCCACACAGGGCACGCAGCAGGAUGCUGUAAAAGAUCAGGUGAUGACUGGCUUGCAGGCCAUGGAGAUCGAUGGAUCCAGCCAAGAGGGAGACGGGGUUAAUGGCACACGAAACGAUGUAACGGAUAUGGACCGCAUGGGAAAGGCCCAGCAGUUCAAGCGAAAUAUCCGUCCUUUGGCGGCUCUCAGUUUCUCUGCUGUCCUUCAGGCGACCUGGGAGUAUAUCAUGCUGUCAGACUAUGAAGGUCUGCAAGACGGCGGACUGGCGGGGAUGCUCUGGACCUACGUCUGGAGCUCGAUCGGAUUUGGAUUCAUCAUUGUCUCCUUGGCUGAAAUGGCCUCCAUGGCUCCCACAUCCGGAGGCCAGUAUCACUGGGUCUCGGAAUUCGCAUCUCCACGGUACCAGAAAUUCCUGAGCUACGUGACCGGCUGGAUGUCCGUGCUAGCAUGGCAGGCCGGCACCGCAUCUGGUUCCUUCUUGACAGGAACUGUCAUCCAAGGCCUGAUCAGUGUCCGAGACCCUAGCUAUAACCCCACGGGCUGGCAGGGAACGUUGUUCGUCUUUGCCAUGAUUCUAAUUGCAUUGUACUUCAACAUCUUUGGCUCGAACCUGAUGGCCCGCAUGCAGAAUCUGCUGCUCGCCACGCAUGUGUUCUGCUGGGUGGUCGUGGUGGUCACUCUCUGGGUGUUGGCACCGCUGCAAUCCGCCGAAGCGGUGUUUACCAAGUUCGAGAACUUUGGAGGAUGGUCAUCCAUGGGCCUGACUGUGAUGGUGGGCCAGCUUGCAGCCAUCUACGGCUGUCUCAGCUCGGAUGCGACCGCCCACAUGUCAGAGGAAAUCAAGGACGCCGGCCGAUAUGUGCCUAUUGCCAUCACCUGGUCCUACUUCGCCAACGCCAUCCUGGGAUUGGUCGUACUAAUCACGAUGCUCUUCGCGACGCCGUCCGUGGCGGACUCGUUGAGCGACGACACUGGCUUCCCGUUUAUCUACGUCUUCAAACAAGCCACCAACACGGCCGGCGUCAACGGCCUGACUGCCAUCAUUCUGAUCCCCGUCAUCCUUAGUAACAUUCUUUUCAACGCUUCCACAGCACGACAGACCUUCUCCUUUGCCCGAGACCGCGGACUACCGUUUUCGAGCUGGAUCGCCAAGGUCGAUGAGAAGCGCAAGCUUCCUGUUAACUCCAUCAUCUUGAGCUGCAUCAUCAGUGCGCUAUUGUCGCUGAUCAACAUUGGCUCCGAGACCGCCUUUAAUGCCAUCGUAUCCCUCAACGUGGCGGCGCUGAUGUUCUCGUACUCGAUUUCGAUGAGUUGUCUGAUUUGGCGCAAGAUCUGGCACCCACACACCCUGCCACCGGCUCGCUGGGGAUUAGGAAGGUAUGGACUGGCGGUGAAUAUCAUCGGCUGGCUUUAUGUUCUGUUUGCGCUGUUCUGGUCUUUCUGGCCCGAGUCCACCCCGGUCACGGCGGAUACGUUCAACUGGAGCGUGGUGAUCUUCAUGGCCGUGUUUUUGCUGAGUUUGGUGAUGUAUGUGGUCCAGGGAAGACAUCAGUAUGAUGGACCGGUGACGGAGGUGAAGCGGUGUGGAGAUUUGUAA